ACGGAGCGCAACAGACCGCAUGCAGCAGACGCUUGACUUCAAUCAUUUUUGCUCACUGACUCUAUUACUUGUAGAUUUCGUUGAAAACUGGAUCGUUAUCUUAUAUCAAACAUAAAUGGGGUCCUGCAAAACUUCUUUGAAUGCGGCAUCUUCAGUUCGAGGCUCUUUUAAGACUUUUCCCUGGAGAAUAUGAACAUGUGGGAAGUGUGAUUUGCUGGCAUUAUAAUGUCAAGUUUGCCAUCGUCUUAGACUGCGAAGGAUGAACCGAAUGGGUUCCUUUACAUAGAGCCUAUAAUAUCCAUUUAUGCACUAGAAGAAAACUAAGAUAGAACAGCAAAAAUGGAACCAUUUACAUUGCAUGAUAUGCUCAUAAACUCAACUAAUCUUUAUAAGAUAUUAUGUGACUUUGGAAUCAAGAAUGUCUCAGAGUGUGAAGAUGAAAGCGAGACCCCUCCGGAACCGAAAGAUUUGAAUCAGACAGUACGUAUCUUCCUCUAUAGCCUCAUCUUCCUGGUCAGCGUUCUGGGUAACAGCCUGAUCAUCGCCGUGCUGGUGAGGAACCGCCGCAUGCGCACCGUCACCAACCUGUUCCUGCUCUCCCUGGCCGCCAGCGACCUGAUGCUCUGCCUCUUCUGCAUGCCCUUCACCCUCAUCCCCAACCUCAUGAGGGACUUUGUGUUUGGCUCGGGCAUCUGCAAGGUGGCCAUGUACUUCAUGGGGAUCUCGGUGAGCGUCUCGACCUUCAACCUGGUGGCAAUUUCCCUGGAGCGCUACAGUGCCAUCUGCAACCCUCUGACCUCCCGGACCUGGCAAACCAAGUCCCACGCUGCCAAGGUCAUCUCUGCCACCUGGGUGGUGAGCUUCCUGUUCAUGCUGCCCUACCCCAUCUCCAGCACCCUGGUGCCCUUCACCCGGGUCAACAACAGCACGGGCAACAUGUGCCGCCUGGUCUGGCCCAGUGAUGUCAUCCAGCAGUCCUGGUAUGUGUCCCUGCUGCUGCUGCUCUUCCUGGUUCCUGGGAUCAUGAUGAUGACAGCCUAUGGCCUCAUCUCCCUGGAGCUCUACAGGGGCAUCAAGUUUGAGAUGGCCAACAGGAAGUCCAGCAGAGAGAGACAGUGUAGCACCGGCAGCAUCAAACCCGGCGACAACGACGGCUGCUACCUUCCACCCGCCAAGAAGAAGGGCGAGCACCUCCAGAGCCCUCCCUCGACCCCUAACGUGACCGUCAACAGCAGAGACAACGUGGACAGCAACAAGUCCAAGCUGAACCGUGUGUGCAGCAACAGCUCCACCUGCAACCUGAUGGCUAAGAAGCGCGUGAUUCGCAUGCUCCUGGUCAUCGUCUGCCUCUUCUUCCUUUGCUGGACGCCCGUGUUCGCCGUUAACGCCUGGCGGGCCUUCGACCGCCGUUCUGCCGACAAGCUCCUCUCGGGGGCGCCGAUAUCCUUCAUCCACCUGUUGUCGUACACCUCCGCUUGUGUCAACCCCAUUAUAUACUGCUUCAUGAAUAAGCGUUUCCGCCAAGGGAUUCUGUCCACCUUCACCUGCUGUAGCAGCCCAAAGGCUGGUGGAGUCGGGAGGGGGGCUGGGAGUAGGAUGGGGACGGGGAGAGGGGGAGGAAGAGGAGGGAUGAGAAGCAGAGAGAAUGGGCACACGCCACAGAGUGGUAAUAACACGCGCUUCACAUACAGUAGUAUCCGUGGCUCCGCCCAGGCUUAGCUUCCUUUCUCCAUCAUUGACCAAUCAGAAUGAGUAAGUGGUCAUGCAUACACACACACACACACACACACACACACACACACACACACACACACACACACACACACGUACAUUGAGAUUUCGGUCUCUGAUGAGGUCAUGCAUAGCUGCUUUCAACUUUUAAAGUCACCAUACUUGUGAAAGUGGACAUGUAUGUAUGAAGAGAAUCUCAGACAAUAGGUAGAUGACAUACUUGUGAAAGUGGACAUGUAUGUAUGAAGAGAAUCUCAGACAAUAGGUUGAUGACAUACUUGGUGUCAUUACAAAGAAAGGACCAUCCAACAAUGCCAUGUUGACUACAUGAAAUGGAAUAAUCAGCCAAGGUUUUCAACAAGGAGAAGGUUAUGAAUUUAAAUAUGUAUCGGUAAACAAACUGAGGAACGUUGGCACCUGAUAUAACUCUUUAUGAGGUACAGGACCCUAAAUGCUUCUUUAAUAGGGACCGUGAGAAAACAUGGCUAGUUUAUGUCGACAGCCAUGAGGUUAACAUCCAAUGCUGUUCCUCCACACAGACAUUCACCUCAAACACCCAUGAUGUGUCACGGUGUCUCUUCACGUAAACCCCUCCUCCUCUCCUGAAUCACCCACGGGGAAAAGCAGCACCCUAGUUGUCUUGGUUUGACGUUGACCAGAUGAUCCCAGAGUAACGUCCAAGAAGCUUUUUCAGAGCCAUGUAAGAUCUCCAUGAGCAUGUUGAACGGAUGAACCCUGGCUGACCCUUGUGUGUGUGUGUUUUCUCCUCUCUCUACAUAAUAUUCUCUCUGUACACAUUCUUGUCAGGGACUUGAAAGGCACAAACCACAGCCCAAUGAAGACACCACGUUCCCCAAGACAAUAAUAACUUCCCAAACCUCAGACUCCUUUUUACAGGCAGUGUGACACACAAAUAUGCCCAUACGUGUAAAUACAUCUGGACUAAUUGUUACCAUCCCUGGCCUUGUCAUGCUCUGAAAUGCAUUCCUAGCCUUGUAGCAGUGUCAUCCUCGUGGGCGCACAAAAAACAAAAAAAAAUGUUUUUUUCUUGUCCUUGACUCAGUCAUCUUUUAUCAUUGUACCUAGUGUACUAUUUAUUGUAAGUGACACGACUGUGGCCUUAUCGUGGUGUGGGACUCUGUGCACCUGUCCGUCCCACUACUUCAAAAAGGACCUUUCCCAGCAUUACCUGUCAAGCAUAUCACACCUGGUCUCUGUUGACUUGGGUUGUUAAAUACACUGCAGCACAAAUGUAGCAAAUUGUGUUGUUUUCUCCUCUUUGUUGUAUUGUGUCGUCAUGUCACUGUUAAUUGGAGGAUUCUUAGUGUUCCUCUCGAAGGGAAAUUGUUCUGUAAAGUGCAUGGGAUGCAUUACCAAAAAAAAAGAGGAAAUUAAAUAUUAAAAGUCUG